AUCUAGCAAAAUAAACAAAAUUAAUUAAGUAAAUAACUUUUCUUGUACUUCCGUAGAGCACAACUCAUUUCGAUUCGUUUAUUGUGCUGUUAGUUGAUUUUGUGUCUUAAAGUGAAGCGCACUUCAGUCGCUAACUCAAUAUUAUGGACGCGGAAGCGAUUGUCACCAUCAAAGAGUUUUUUGACUUUCCCUUUAAGUUUUGCUCUACAUUAGGCAUUCGUUUAUAUAAGUGGUCGAAAAGUGAGCGUACGACAAUCGUGCAAAUAAUUUUACUAACUAAUUUGCUCCUGCACACAAGUUUGUAUCCGAUACUUCUUGUUAUUUAUCAAAUAAAUAUGGACCCGGAUGAUAUUUUGGGUCGUACCACCUCGCUUGCGAUUUCUUUAUUUUGUGUAAACGCAGUAACAAAAAUAUUAUGCGUAGCGAUGCAGCACAAGAAGUUAGGUAAAAUUAUUCAUAAAUUAAUAAAAUACUUUCCGACGACAUUCAAGGGUCAAGAAGAUUUCAAUUUACAUUAUGAAUUCACGACUAUGCGACGUGUUAGUAGCAUUAUGCUGUGGAAUCAUUUGUUGACUGCCGUCCUUUUUGAUAUUACGCCCCCCAUGACUUUUGUUAUAGAGUACGUAAGGAGUGGCGGUAAAAAACAAUUCAACUUCAUUUUACCUUAUGGUAUAUGGUAUCCAUGGGAUUACCAUAAAAUCGGUGCGUUUAUCUUUACAUAUAUGACGCAAGUGUUGGGGUCCUAUGUUGCGGUCAUCGCCUAUGUUGUUCCGGACUUACUAUUGAUUUCAGUUGUCGCCUUAGCGAACAUGAAUUUCAGAUAUAUAAGCAAACUUAUUCGCGAAUUUCACCCAAACUUCAUGAUUGAUGAAGUGAACGAUGUGUUUAGCUUGUCAAUCUUGUUAAGUUUUUUCGGUUUUGGUGGCAUGUUAUGUUUAGUAGGUUUUAACGUAGUGGCCGGCAACAGCAUUGUCGAUAUUUUAACUUAUCUUCUCUUUAUAUCGUCCAUUCUAUUGAUAAUGUAUUACUUGUCUGCAUAUGGCACGAAAAUGAUUACAUUGGUAAGUAGAAAGGCAAUUGCAAUCAGAUUCAAGAGAAUACAAAAAUCAAUCAUAUUUCAGAGUACGGAUGUUAGUGUAGCUUUAGCUGAUCAUUCAUGGUAUGACGGCAGCGUAUACUAUCAACGUAUGUUGCCAUUUCCUAUAGCCAGAGCUCAAAGGCCAGCUCAACUGCUAGCUUAUAAGUUCUUUGUGGUUUCAAUGGAAAGUUUUCAAUCGCUACUAACAACGUCUUAUCAAUUAUUCACUUUGAUUAAAACCCGUUAUGACGAACAACGUUGAAUGAAUCUUUAAGAAUUUCCUGGAUCCCAAGCACACCUAAUCUUCUUAACGCUUAUCGUACCGCUUGCAUUGCAUCAUAACACAUAUUAUAUAUUAAAUUAAAUAAAUAAGGAAAUUAAUGUACCCUACGGAGAAUGUCUAUUGUUUUUCGAUUAAUUACUUUUAUGACAUUGAACAGCGAAAUGCAUCAUCAAUGUUAGCAUUUUACUUGUACUGAUUGCAUAAGAGGGGCACAAGUUCUGGAGGGGAACGCUUUUCAUGAAUUGCUUCAAAGCAUAUGAACAUUUGUUCAUAUAUUUGCUCGCCUCUGAUCUUGAUAAGUUUUUCAAUUCAAUUUAAUGCUGCUCCCUGUAAUGCAAUUGCACUCAACUAUGCUUAAUUGGGUCUAUCAGGGUCUAAUAUUAUUGUUAUUCAAUUGAAUGUUCUUGAAAUCUUCAUUACACUUAUUUCUCGAAGUAGUGAAUAUGUUUACCGCAGACAUUACGCGCACAAGCAGACUAACAAACGGGCAUUAACGCAUACGUACCGUGUUGUAGUGAAGUCGUACGAACACGCAAUCUAGACAAUUACCGGUUAAAUGCUUAAGUUGAGAGAUAGUUUACCAAAAUGUCGAGUGCGGAAAAAAACACAAAAAUAGUUUCCCUCGCUUUUUUAAUAUGAAAAUAAUGAGAAAGGGCGCAAAUGCGUUGUACUUGAGUCAUGGCUUCGUGGGGUGGUGGGGUUUCAUGGAGUUUUCAGAAUCAGCCAAAAAGCUAAUUCAAGUCAGACGCUCAGACAGGUAUGUAAAUGAUCGAGGCAUAUAACAGCUAACAGCACAUAAGGAUCCGUCCGAUAACAGUAAUUCGAGAAAGUUUAUUGAGUAAAUAAAUUUCCAAAAUUGAAAUUUUAUUCUAUUUGUAGAAAAAUCUCCGAUCAAAGCACUUGAAUUUAAAAAGUAAACCCAAAUCUCUAAAAGUUGAAGUAAACAAAUGUUUUUUUUUUCUUUUUUUUGUUCUGUGAUUUGAACCGCAAUUAAAAUAAAAAUGCUUUCGUUCAACAUUCACUUGCAAAUAAAUGCUAAGGAGUACUGGCUUGGCUUUAUGUAAAUAAGAAGAACAUU